UAAUCAUGUCCACUCUUCUAGACGCCGGCAAUCUCGCAGCUCUGGUUGCAAUACCCGCAAACCAAACCCAGAGGAAGAUGACAAUAGAACAGAAUGCAAGAACGAACAGAGCACUGAAAGCGUUUGAAGGGCCCAUGUCGUUGUCCUCUACGGAUAUAACAGCAGAGGAAUCGCUGUUUUCAACUAAGAGCGCAUCUGCAGGUGGUCAGGGAAAUAACUUCAAGGUUGUUGUCCGAAUAAGACCACCGAUCAAGAGAGAACGAGAUGAAAACGCAGUGACGUGCGUCAGUGUUGUUGAGAAUGAGACAGUGAGGAUUACCAGCGGUGUUGGCGAGUCACAGUUUGCAGAUCAUUAUCCUGGCAACUUGCGUUCAUUUGUAUUUGAUCGAGUAUAUGCACCUGAUGCAUCCCAAGAGCAUCUCUACACUUCAGCUGUCAAGCCAGUCGUGAGGUCAAUUUUAAAGGGUUAUAAUGGCAGUAUCAUUGCUUAUGGUCAGACUAGCACAGGAAAGACGUACACUAUAGAAGGCAAUGAUGGAGAUCAUCGAGGCAUUAUUCCACGAACUAGUGAAGAAAUCUUUAAUUACAUUGAAACUCAGUCGGACUCAUCGUCUAGAUUUUUGGUACGAGCAUCAUUUUUGCAGAUUUACAAUGAAAAGCUGAUGGAUCUUCUUGAUGUGGCAGGCAAGAGAGAUAAAUAUGAUGACUCUAAGGCUGAUAGAUUGAGAAUACGUGAAGCAGCAGGUGGUGGAUUGUUUGUGGACAACUUGUCUGAGCAUGUAGUCAAAUCUCCACGAGAAAUAUUAGAUCUAUUGAAACGUGGAGCCGUGAUGCGCACUACUGCUCAAACUAAAUUGAAUCGAGAAAGCAGUCGGAGCCAUGCCGUGUUUAGUAUAAUCGUGGAACAUUCAACUCUCAGCACAGAUACCGCUACCAAGUCUGUGACAAUUGGAAAACUUAAUCUUGUUGAUCUUGCUGGUUCUGAAAGAGUGAAAGCCUCUGGUGUUCAAGGUAAACGAUUGGAAGAAGCAAUGAAGAUCAACCUCUCUCUGUCUGCGUUUGGCAAAGUGAUAUUAGCACUCACAUCGCCUGGUCAGCAGCACAUUCCGUAUCGAGACUCUAAACUAACGAGACUCUUACAGGACAGUUUGGGUGGCAACUGUAAGACAACUUUGAUAACGACUAUAACUCCAGUCUCAUUGCAUUACUCUGAAACUGUGAAUAGUCUCAAGUUUGCAAACAGGGCAAAGAGUGUUAAGAACUAUGCAAUAGUGAAUGAGGAUUUUUCUCAGCAGGCGAUGCUGUCGAAGUAUGAGCAGGAGAUAAAGAAGCUUAGGAGAGCUUUAGCAGAACAACAACUGGGCAGCGACCGUUUAGUAGUACAAGAACAACUCCACAAGAUGCAGUCACAAUGGGCUCAAGUAACCAAAGAGAAGGAAGACGUAGAGAGUGAAUUGGCUAGAAGAGUUGAAGAAGUGGAGAAAACACAACAGGAAAAACAAAAACUGCAACAGAAAAUUGAAGCUUUGGAGCAAGAAGUGCUUGUUGGGGGUACAAAGGUCGAGGAGACACCUGAAUUUGAGAUGGCAAUGCGCAAGGCACAAGAGCAGUUACAGAGUGAGUAUGAAGAAAGAUAUCGAGACCUUGAGAGAGAGAGAGAGGCAUUGGCAAAAGAGAAAGAAGAGCUCCAAGCGAAGCAACAAGAACUCACGUACGACAGACAAUUGCAUUCAGCUGGAAGCAGUCGACUGUCUGAUUCUCCAACUUCCUUAUAUCCUGACUCAACAAGUCUUUCUCAUUUUGAGGAUCAAGUGCAACAUGAAGUGGAUCAUUUGAAUUCAGGAAGUUACAAUUCAACCUUAGAACCGUACAUACGAGCAAUGAAGGAUCCAGAGACGGGCAUUACUCUGAAGGAUCGAAGAUACAACUUUUUAGUGGUGAAAAAUGGUUUCACAGGCCUGGAAGCAGCAACGUGGUUUAUUGAAAACCUGGAUGGUGUGGAGUCUUUUGAACACGCAGCCACAAUUGGUCAGAGCUUCUUGGAUCUUGGAGUGUUUGCUCAUGCUGGAGGAAGUGCAGUGUUUAUUGCAUCUGAUCGUGAAGUUUUCUCAUUCUCUUCAGUUGAGCGUUUAUCGUCUGGACGUAGAGUGUCAGUGUCUGGAUAUGCACCUUCAUUUCAAGCACCUCAAAGAGAGUCUUCAUAUACAACGUCACAUUCUGGUCAAAGGUUGUCAUCAGAUCGAAAAUUACUUUCACAACCACAGUCAUGUGCCUUGAGAAGUGAAGAUUAUGUGGCUCAAUUGUCUAGUACACCAGCUGUUUUAAAAUCAAGCUCAUUUGCUUCUCCUGUUGCUGCUGAUUGUACUUCUGAUGAAGAUUGGGGUAGCAGUCCAUUACAUGAAGCAGCAGCUAAAGGUGAUCGCAGUGUUGUGAAGUCUCUGAUUGCAACGUUUGGACUAGAGUGCACUGAUUAUAUGGGACGGACACCUCUCAUGUACUCAGUCAUUGCAAACAAGGUCAAGUGUUGUGAAUUGCUGAUAAAAGUUGGAGCAAACUAUGCAGCUCAAGACAGGAAUGGACGAACUGCUCUGCUGUGGGCUGCUUACUAUGGUCAUGGAGAAAUGGCACGGAUGUUGAUUGCUAAGGACAAGUCAGUUGUUGAGAUAGCUGAUCCUGAUGGAAGAACAGCAGUGCACUGGGCCACAAAGCCCGAAAGUCACAAAGUUCUAGAGAUCCUAUCUCGACACUGUGGCAGUGAAAUAAUAAAUUGUCAGGAUGAUGAGCAAACAACAGCGCUGCACUGGUCUGUCCUCUGCCACCACCCAGAGCACACAAGAGUGUUGUUACAGAAUUGUUUGGCUGACUGUACUUUAACUGAUCGAGAAGGGAGAACUGCAUUUCACUAUGGAGUAUCAACCAACUCGCUGGAAUGUCUCAAGAUGCUUCUAGAAUUUCGACCAGAUGCUGUCAAUAUGAAGGAACAUAAUGGUAGAACACCACUACAUCUUGCAGUCAGCAAUGACGGCUCUCUAGAAUUAGUUGCAUUAUUACUCUCAAGUCCUAGUUGCGAUAGCAACUCCACAGACCACAGGAUGACAACACCACUACACUGGGCUGCAGUUUGCAACAGACCAGAUGUGGCAAAAGCUUUACUGCAGCGAAACGCAAACAUGAUGAUGAGAGACACGAAUGGCAUGACGGCUCUUCACUAUGCCACACAAAAAGGCUUCACAGAGUGUGCAAACAUCCUUCAACGGUAUGGAUCAACUACUGCAUCUCAACAGCCAUCAACCCCACGAAAAUCUCACAACUCACGACCUCCACCCCCUCCAGGUGGAAAACUAAAGCCACUUUCUCCAACCAUCAGAAGUCUUGAUGUUAAUUCAGAUCGAUCACCCGGUAGGCAUCGGCGAAGCGCUUCACUUCCAGCAAACAGAUCUCCGUUACUCACUCCUCGACUGCCACCACAGCCACCAAAUUCAAGCCAGACAUGACCAAUUUGAUAUCAAUAUUUUUUCAAAAAUUUAUAGCUAGUUUUUUGAUUGAACCGACUGAUUCAAUGUGAGCAUUAAUUUAUUUAUUUUAUGACGUAAUUGCUGAUGUUGCAAGCAACUUGUCAUUGUACAAUGUCACCAGUACAAUCUCCAGUAGCAAAUGCGACAAGUAUAAA